AUGGACAGAGAGAACAUUCAGGCCCUUCGACAGUACAGGAAGUUCGCUGACUUGACAGACAGAGACCUGCAAAUAUUGAACUGGGACACGCGCAGCCAGUUGCUAGCAACGCUGAUGGACGGCAUCGCCCCCAGCUGCAAGCUUUGCAGGUUGUACUACUCUUGCUCACAGACUAUAUUGCCACGCAGACACCAAGCAGAACGGGGGGUAUUCACCUAUGAGGACUAUAUGGAGACGAUGAGCAGGGGCAUUCUGGUCGAGCUACGUAAAUUGAACUACAGCUUAGAGCACAUCUCGCCGGAAAUGGUGCGCAGCGGCUCUACAGAAGCAUUCAACGAGAUCGUGCAGAUACUUCUUCGGCACUAUAACCCAAAUAUGGAACCUCCCCCGGAGGCGACUUCUAAACGACCAAAACGGCCCCAGGCUGAGACUGUACACCCUCAUGACCAUAUUUUCUCCGGGGCAGCAUACGAGGCUAAUGGAGAAGCAGAAUCGUGCAACAACCCAGGGCUGGAUGCUCCUGAUGCUGUGGAGGAAGAGCUUCAGGAGCCGAAACAAAGGCCUUCAGAGCGUAGGCUAGGAAGACAGAAAUCUACACAAUCACGACAAGGCACGGCUUCGUCUUUUGGCCGCCCUGUUUCCUCAGCUUCUGGUGGGAAAAAGCUCACGGCAUUAACCCAACAAUUUGAGGCCGUAACUCGGGCGAUUAUGCUAGAUCUUCCCACGGAGUUCAAGAAUUGCCUCCAACAUUUGCCGCUACCGUAUGACCUCAGUCAAGAAGAGAUAGAAGGUAGGCGUCUCAUGUACGUGAGUGCGCGGCGCCUCUGCAUGCUGAAGGCUCAGAUAGCAUGUCUGGAGGUGUCUCUUCAAAGCUACAAGAAGGGCCUUACCGAGCACAGAGAGCGAAUGGAUAAUGUACUGUCCGCAACGGAUAAUCUGGAAGCGGCGUGUCGUAAAGCCCUUCGAGAAGCAGGCACCAAUGGGUCACUAACCAAUGACCUAACGGUUGUCUUGAACAGCUGUCGACACCUGCGGGAUACAGCAGAACCGGAGACAUUAGAUGUAGACUUUUCACUGAUCAAAAGACAGCAGUCGCUCCCUGCAGUCCAGGAGCUUGAAGAGCAGGUGGUGCGCCUCUCUGCUGAUGUUAGAGCAAUGAUAGAGCCUGUGCGCACUCUCUUUACCAAGGACUUUGGGCUGGAGCUGAGCCCCCAGAAAGCGAAUUUGUAUGAGCAAUUCCACUCGGCUCUAACACUUUUAGAAUAUACUACUGUUCGCUUGAUUGGGGAGCGCAGCAACGUUGCGACCAUAGACGACACCCUUGCCAAAAAAUAA